AAUUCGUCAGCGCGGAAUAGAAUUUAUGUUAGUGAAAAAAGUCGAAACUAUCGGCCUCACAGUAGCAGAACAACUGGUACCGACAAGUUCUGGUUACAAAACUAAGACACUUUCCUCUGGGAAAGUAGACAUUGAAGUGGCAUCUGUCAAUCUAACACAACUGGAACAGUUAAGUUUGCCGGACAACCCUAACAGGUCUUACGAAGUCAGUUCCUUGGAGCAGAUUGGUAGAGUCGUGAUUCCUCUAGAGGCUUUUGCUUCUAAUACGUCAGUUCUUGGACAGGCUGUGUGGAUGAUGUUCGAUCCAUUGACGGCGAUGGAUGACUCUUCUGAAAUCGUGGUGAGAAGUCGUAUUAUGAACAUCGUUGUAAAACCACAUCGCACUCAAGAGUUUGAGAGACCAGUGGAGAUGACGUUUUGGCCAUCUCAGGACAUUCAAAGCAACGUAGACUGUGUAUUCUGGGAUCAAGGUCAGAAAAAUAACCACGGUAAUUGGUCGACAGAAGGUUGUCAAGUUACCCAAAGAAACUCUUCUACAGUCACGUGCCAUUGUAAUCACUUAACUAGUUUUGCAGUUCUUACAAGGGUCACUCCACAUCAGCCCAGCAAAGAACACGAGUUACCUCUUUCGAUCAUCACCUAUGUAGGGUGUGGUCUGUCAGUCCUUGGAUGCCUCCUGACAAUCCUUACCUAUUCAUUAUUACCGAGUGUUCGAUCGCAGAGAAUUCUAAUUCACAUGAAUUUGGUGACUGCUCUUGUUGUGGCCCAAGUGUUGUUUCUAGUUGCAGCGUUUGCAGUGAGCCCUCGAACAUCAAGGGUGGCCUGUUACGUCAUUGCAGUUAGCCUCCUUUUCUUGUUGUUAUGUGUUUUCUCGUGGAUGUUAGCAGAAGGCCUUCAUAUCUAUUUCACGGUAGUCAGAGUCUUUGAUUCUGGGAGAACAAGGAAGCUUUUUUAUUUGCUUAUAGGAUGGGGUUUCCCAUUUAUCGUAACUGUGGUUGUGGUUUCCGUUUUUCAAAGGGGACUCCUCUCCAACGAUCUAUGCUGGCUUUCAAUUGAGACUGGAGCCAUUUGGAGUUUUGUUGGUCCAGUUAUCUUCGUCAUGCUGUUUAAUCUGGUCAUUGUUACCAUGGUGAUGAGUGUUACAUCUAGAAUGUUAAAUGAAGAGACGCCAUCCAGUGUCAGGUCUUUGACAAAAGCUUUCAUUACCCUUCUUCCUAUUCUGGGCCUGACAUGGGUGUUUGGUCUUCUCGCUGUCAACAAUGACUCCGUACUAUUUGAAUACAUUUUUGCAAUACUCAAUUCCUUGCAGGGUUUCCUUAUUUUUCUCCUCUACUGCUUGAAAAAUUCAGAGGUUCGGAGAGAAUUUAAAAGGAAACUACACAAUCUCCGUGCACAAAGGCAUCCCUCUCACUCUUCAAAUCCGAACACUCCAAGAUGUACGCCGGCAGAAAUUGAAGCGCCAGGGCCUUGCACACAGCAAGAGAACACAACACGAGAUAAGGGCUUCGAAACAAGGCUAUAACCAUGUUUUAACUCUGUCUUACGCACUGUCCGAUAACUGAAGUAUUUGAACAUUUCCUCUCGACUGUCUGGCUAAAACCUUUUGUCCUUUCUUUGAAAUUUAGGAUUUGCAAAGUGUUUCGUAUCUGCUACUGCUUUAAUUUCAUGUCGAAGAUCAUGGUUUUGAACUGCCGAAUGGACGCAAUUACCCUUGUUUGGCUUGAAAUUUUUUUAUAGCGUUGAAAAGAGAACAAGGUACAGACUUAGGGACUUAAAGGUUAUCCUCGUUUAAACUCAUGAAGAAUCCGUCCUGGAUUUCUUUGAUUUACUGAACUUAACGGUAAGACUGAUAAAACGAGGAAGGUACUGGACUAAUGAAAUUUUACGGAACGCAGCAAGAUGAAAUCCUCCUAGGAGUUGACAGCAAGUAUUAUAAAAAUGAUUAUUGUAAGAGCACCAGAUAACGAAGGGAAAUUUUUGAACGUGGAGCAAGAAGGAAGCCAGAUGAGCAUGGAAUAAAAAAAAGGAAAAACAAUAUUGACGAAAGUUAAAAAUUCCUACGUGAAAUUUGUGCUGAGGCUGAAAAACUUCAAUCGGCGAAAACCUCGUCAGCAUAGAUGCGUUGCAGAAGACAGCUGAGAUAAAAUCGGAACCGUCUUUCUGAUGAUACAGCAAGGGCAGGGCAGGUAAUCAGCUCCUUCAAGAGGCUCCUGUGAUGAGCAGUAAUAGAAAUUGCAUACGUAUUUAAAAGGAUGUGAGGCGAAUUCACAGCUAAUCUUUCCAUGUUACAGGUCAAGAUCAUGGCUCAUUUAAGGUACUUAAGAGGAAUAUGUCAGUUGGCGACAAAAUCUAAAAGUUCACAUGACGUAAAAGUAGUUCAACAGGCACUUCAAAACUCCAACAUAAGUUUAUGAACCUGGCUUCGACAUUCACUGAAUAACGCCUGGACACCAGGAAUGCAGACUUGUCAUACAAAUGAGAGCCUUGUCAGGGUAAAAUGGGUAAAAUGACGACAAAGAACACACGGUCUCCACGUGCCCCACCCAUUUAGACCUUUCACAUAUUGUUUCCGACCUCAAAACUGCAGGCAUUUGUCUCUUACAGCAGUUAAAGAACGGAUGGCGACAAACUUCCUUGUCCUUGAUACCUCAUAUAGAAAUUCUGUUGAAAUAGCUAGACAACUGAACAACUCUCGUAGGGACAAUUUUAUUUUUGAGUCCUCUGACUAAUUGCAGAAGUUGUUGAAUUUUCCUUUGUUGGCCCUCUGUACAUCAAUUUUUCUAUCCUUUAUCUUGAUGAUUUUUUCAGAAUAAUUAUAGCAGCAAUCUCAUCCAUCCAGUUACUUCCAUCCAACUUCAAGAGACAACGAAGACAUCAGACCUUGAUCACUAAUAAAGCCCUAACUGUACACUGCCCAUUGCGAAAAUUGUUCUUUUUUUGCAGCCCACUUAUAAUGGUGACGUUUCAGCCGGAUGGAAGUCACUCCAGUAGUUACUACACUGUGAUCAUCUAAUCUGAUCACAAAAGCAAGUAAAUAGCGGAUAAUACAGACAACUUGGACGGAUCGGUCACCAGUCGACCAAUAAAGUCUCGUUGUCCAGUUAGUCGGUGGAUACCUCGACUGUGACAUCCAGAUGGUCGGUGGACACAUCGAUCGCGAAAUCGACUAACUAUGGGUCGUGUGUCAGUCAACCAUCGGCCGAUUAAGUUUCUUUAUCGUUCGGCUAUCAGCCAGCUAUUAGCUCGUUUAUGGGUCGACUAUUGGUCUAUUUAUUGUAUGCCGACUAUCGACUGACCAUUAGUCGUUAACUUGACCAAAAGACUAAAAAUAGAAGACAUAAUCCAAGAUCGCUUGAACUGUCUGCUAGAAAUUUAUCUGUUUCUCCAGCACAAAAAGUACCUUUUAUCGGUUCAAUCUCAAACGUAUGAUAGAGUUGUAAAUUCAGCCCAGGUGGCUUCACAACCAAGUCGUCUUCCAUGAAUACAGUGCACACAUAUAACACUUCACAAGGGUUACGGUCAAUCUAAAAUGAUCCCUAUACCAUGCAUUAAGGUUUGGCUUUAGCUGCUGGAUGUCGUGCUUUUUCUUUCCUUCCACCACUUUAGUGAAUGAGAAUUCUUACAUUUCUUUUGCUCGAGUUCUUUCAAGCCCUAUUCAUUGGUUAACAACGCCAUAUCAAUACUUUCAACAGGGCACAAAAACAGAA